CAUCAAAAUCACAUGACAUGUGUCAAACAUUGAAAACACAAAAAUUCACUUUGAUCUUGUGACCCGUUUUGCGCUGGUUGGUUGAUUGGUGUUUCAAGAACCGAGGAAAACUUGCAAAAAUGUCGUCCAAGGAUCGAAUUCCGAUUUUCCCAUCCCGAGGUGCCCAGAUGCAGAUGAAGGCUCGUCUGGCUGGAGCUCACAAAGGUCACGGGUUGCUGAAGAAGAAGGCCGAUGCCCUCCAGAUGAGAUUCCGUAUGAUUCUCAGCAAAAUUAUCGAGACCAAGACGCUGAUGGGUGAGGUGAUGAAGGAGGCUGCCUUUUCGCUGGCCGAGGCCAAGUUCUUGUCCGGAGAUUUCAAUCAGGUGGUACUGCAGAACGUUACCAAGGCUCAGAUCAAAAUCCGCACCAAGAAGGACAACGUCGCGGGUGUAACUUUGCCCGUGUUCGAGUCCUACCAGGAUGGCAGCGAUACCUACGAGCUGACGGGUCUGGCCAAGGGUGGUCAGCAGAUGCAGAAGCUGAAGAAGAACUACCAGAGCGCCGUCAAACUACUGGUAGAGCUCGCGUCGCUGCAGACGUCUUUCGUAACUUUGGACGAAGUCAUCAAAAUUACCAACAGAAGAGUGAAUGCAAUCGAGCACGUCAUUAUUCCUCGCAUUGACCGUACUUUGGCUUACAUUAUUUCCGAGCUGGAUGAGCUGGAACGUGAAGAGUUCUACCGUUUGAAGAAGAUUCAGGACAAAAAACGCAUUGCAAAGAAAAAGGAGGAAGCCCGCAAGGCAGCCCUCUUGCAGGAAGGAAUCGACGUACGAGUUCACGCCAACCUUCUGGACGAGGGUGAUGAUGACAUUUUGUUCUAAGAUUUCUGUUUCCCAACGAACAGCGUACAAGUUUGGUGCAAAACAAAUACUGCAAUCGCUAUUUCCAACAGAGCUGAUUGUUAAUGCUUUCAAAGGAAAAUCCAUUCCCCUAAGAAUAGAUCAACAGUAAACGGUUUUGAGUAGGUCAAGAAGCUUAACGGUUUGGAGGGCGUAUAUGUAUCUAUCAUGUGUAUUUUUUGUUUUCUUUUUUCAAACUAGAUUAGUAAAUUCUAAUUUGCCUAUUAUGCGCAAUGGUACACCAUAUAAAAUAUAAACGGAUUAUGAAAUAAAUGUUAUCGAUAAACA